CUUUUUCUCAGGCGGGUCUCUCUCUCUCUUGGGUCAUCAUUGGGUACUGUUCAUCCCUGUUAGCGUUUUCAUUUUAGAGAGAGAAACUGAUAAUUGUAGAGAGCGAGUGUGUGUAGGAAACGGAGGAACGAACACUUUGUUCAAACAUCCGUUCGUUUGAUCGGAGGAGAGUUGCGAUGUCAAAUUCGAAUGCAUUUCAAGUUGAAGGGGCUCGAUGAUCGGUUAUCUUCUCCGAGUUGAACUGUAAUUUUUGGUUUCGGAGCUGUGAUUCUGCAUGUUUUGGCCCGAAAUCGACUGUGUGCGGCUCGGAGAGAGGCACCUAUAAACGGUUGGGGCAUUUUACGAGUGGUCAUUGAUGGAAAGGAGUGAUGCGACGGUCUUCCCAAAUGGAGACAUUUACGUUGGUAUUACUAAGGGAGGGCUUCCACAUGAAAAAGGUAAAUAUACGUGGUCAGAUGGAACUGUUUAUGAUGGUCAUUGGGAAGAAGGAAAGAUGAGUGGUAAAGGAUGGAUCAUUUGGUCAUCGGGAUCAAGUUAUGAGGGCGAGUUUUCUGGAAAUUAUCUUCAUGGCUAUGGUGCAUUUUAUGGCCGUGAUGGUUCUAUAUACAGAGGUUCAUGGAGGAUGAAUAAUAAACAUGGUAUUGGAAGAAAAGAGUAUCACAAUUCAGAUGUUUAUGAUGGUUGUUGGAGAGAAGGGGUACGUGAAGGCAGUGGCAGAUAUGCAUGGAGCAAUGGGAAUUUUUACAUUGGGAAUUGGAAAAAUGGGACAAUGUGUGGUAGGGGUGUUAUGAAGUGGUUCAACGGAGAUAUAUUUGACGGGUUUUGGUUGAACGGGUUAAGCCAUGGGUCUGGCUGUUAUAGGUUUGCCGAUGGAAGUUACUAUUUUGGAACUUGGGCUAAAGGCCUAAAAGAUGGACGUGGAACUUUUUAUCCUUCUGGAAGCAAGCUUUCCUCUCUGGAUAAGUGCAAGAUUGAUAAACAUCAGGAUAUUAUGAAAAGGAUUUUGUCUCAUAGGUCUUCAGUAAGUACAGAUGAAUCUGUUAGACCUAAAGUAAAGCGUAGUCUCUCUGAGAAGAUCUCUGCUAGCUUUGGAAAAGGGUCUGGGAGAAUAUCGCAAAAGACUGCAUUACUGGAUGGUGACUGGAUUCUCGAUGGCUCCAUAGAAAUGAUACCAGAAGAUGCCUCCUGCUUGCUAUCUCACAACUCACUAGAUGUUCAAAGCAAUUUGUUGGACAAUAGUACGGCAGCUUAUGAAAGAGAAUACAUGCAAGGAGUUCUUAUAAAAGAAAGGCUUAAGAAUGUAACCAGACUAUCCCACCCAAGUAAACAGAGGUGCAAGUUUCAUGUAAAAGAAGUAAGAACAACUUCAUGCAUGGACUUCUUUGAUGGCCGUAAGAGCUACUACCUGAUGCUAAAUUUGCAGCUUGGCAUCAGGUACUCUGUGGGGAAGAUCACACCUGUUCCUAUCCGGGAAGUGAGACUAUCUGAUUUUGGAGAGCGGGCUAGAAUAAAGAUGUACUUUCCUAGAAAAGGCUCUCGUUUGACACCUCCGCACUAUUCAAUUGAUUUCUAUUGGAAGGACUAUUGCCCUAUGGUUUUUAGGAAUUUAAGGGAGUUGUUCAAGUUGAAUGCGGCAGAGUACAUGAUGUCCAUCUGUGGUGAUGAAGGUUUGAGAGAGUUUUCAUCUCCUGGAAAAAGCGGCAGCAUUUUUUAUCUUUCUCGUGAUGACAGAUUUGUGAUCAAAACUUUAAAGAAGCCCGAGCUUAAGGUUCUACUGAAAAUGCUCCCUUCUUAUUACAAACAUGUAAAAGAUCAUGAGAACACACUCAUAACAAAAUUUUUUGGGCUUCACCGAAUAUCAUUCAGCAGAGGGAAGAAGGUACGCUUUGUAGUCAUGGGGAACAUGUUUUGCACUGAACUACACAUACAUCGACGGUAUGAUUUAAAGGGUUCAUCUCAUGGAAGAUUUACAAAGAAAGAUGAAAUUGACGAGGGUACUACGUUGAAAGAUCUUGAUUUGAAAUUUGAGUUUCAUAUGGAUAAAUUAUUACGUGAGAUACUUUUCAGGCAAUUAUCUCUCGACUGUCAGUUCUUAGAAGGACAACACAUAAUUGAUUAUAGCCUUCUAUUAGGAUUGCACUUUAGAGCUCCAGAGCAUCUAUUAACACUGUUAGAGCCACCCGAUUCCAUGCACAAACCUGAGAUUACUGCCACUGCAAUAACUGAUGGGGAGACCUCUCAGGGUGAUAUCGCAAUUCCUCCAAGGGGUUUGCUUUUAGUAACCCAUGAGCCUAGCUCUGCGAGUGAUGAACCUGGUCCCCACAUAAGGGGAAAUACAUUGAAAGCCUACUCAGUUGGUGACAGAGAGGUUGAUCUUCUUUUACCUGGCACUGGAAGGUUGAGGGUGCAGUUAGGCGUGAACAUGCCAGCUGAAGCAACGCACAAGGUUAAGCAGGAUGGAACUGAAGAAGAAGAUUCUCCUGAAGUGGAACUGUUUGAGGUGUACGACGUAGUUCUGUACAUGGGUAUAAUCGACAUCUUGCAGGAUUACAACAUCAAAAAGAAGUUAGAGCACGGCUACAAAUCGAUGCAGAUUGACCCGAUGUCGAUUUCCGCGGUUGAACCCAACGCCUAUUCCAAACGCUUUAUUGGCUUUCUACAGAAAGUGUUCCCCGCCGAACCUUGAUAUUCAAGCUUACAUCUUGUCUUCCUGCCUAACGCAUACAUGUCUAUCUCAGGUAUAUAUUAUAUUUAUCUAAACAGCUAUUUAUAAUACUAAUACUCAUUGUAAUACCUCCAAGAUUUCCAAUAGUUUUCGCAAUGCGAAAACGGAUCAAAUCAACACAAGCAAUGAAGGGACCAUAUGUUUGUAAUGUUACAGCUGAGUUUGAUUCACCACACAUUAAUAAUAAUACUCCUUCCCU